CGACACAAGCUGUAAGAACCUAUCAUUUUCCCAGUCCAAAUCUCUCUCAGUUGUUACGCAUUUGCAAUCUGAUAAAUCUCCCUCUCCUCUCCCUCUCUCUCUCCUCUCUCCUCUCGCCCCUCUCUCUGCAAAAAGUCAAAUCUAGGGUAGAUAGCAACGACCCAUCUCUGAAUCGCAUUUCUUUAACCCAUCAGCAAAAGACCCCCACCAGCAAGAUCGCAUCUUUUCCUUCCUGGUUCUUGCCCCGCUGCCUGCGCUGGUAACGUGAUGAGCUCUUGAUUAUUAAACCCCCCCGAGUAAUCUUCCCUCUCGACACGUGAAGAAGCUUUCAGCGAGUCGUUCGCCGGAGCAAGACGACCCCCUUUUGUUCCGGGUUUGACUUGUGGCUGUUCUUGAUGCUCUCGCCCCGCGUCCCGGCGGCGCGAUUCGGCAAUGGCGGCUCGAUUCCUCAUCUGGGUCGCGCUUUGAUCCGUCGAUAAGCUUCGAAAGUGAUGAUCUUGGUCGCCGGUUCGGAGAUUCAUGGCCAUUUAGCAAAAUCUUUUAGAAAGAAAUCGCUGCCGCUGUUAUUUUUCAAGCCACCAGAUGGCAGGAAAGGAACCGAUCAGAAGCUAGCUGGCAAGAAGGAAUCAGGUCGAUCAGGGACAUGAGAGGGUGAUAAUGCAACUCGCAAUUGUUUAAGAAAGUAUGAAGAGGAUAAAAUUUCCCAAGCGAUACUUGAUCGUCUUUUUGACAUUUAUAUCUACAUGCGUCUGCUAUAUAGAACGUGUAGGAUUCUCAAUUGCCUAUACCGUUGCAGCCGAUGCAGCUGGAGUAAACCAAUCUAGUAAAGGCACAAUACUUUCUACCUUUUAUUAUGGUUAUGCCUGUUCACAGGUGCCCGGAGGAUGGGCUGCUCAGAAAAUAGGGGGAAGACGCAUUCUCCUCCUCUCCUUUGUGUUAUGGUCACUAACUUGUGCAUUUGUUCCACUGGACCCGAACAGAGUGGUAACAUUAGUUGUUGCCCGCUUGCUUGUUGGUGUGGCACAAGGUUUCAUCUUCCCCUCUAUCCAUACUGUCCUAGCUGAGUGGGUCCCCCCUCACGAAAGGUCUAGAUCUGUUUCUCUUACAACUUCGGGGAUGUAUCUUGGUGCGGCUGCAGGAAUGCUUCUUCUUCCAAGCUUGGUGAAAUUCAGGGGUCCACAGUCAGUGUUUGUCGCUGAAGCAGCGUUAGGUGCCAUGUGGUCUCUACUUUGGAUAAAAUAUGCCAGCGAUCCCCCCAGGCCUGAACAUCCAAAAGCCACAGCUGCUAGUUUUGGGGAGUCUUUGUUGCCAAUGAAAAGAAGCCAAAAGGUAAAAGUGGAGAAUGGAGGAAGUUCUGUCAAAACUGCCGGUAUCCCAUGGAAGAGUAUCAUAUUUUGCUUACCGGUUUGGGCCAUUGUGGCAAACAACUUCACAUUCCACUAUGCUUUGUAUGUAUUGAUGAAUUGGUUGCCAACAUACUUCGAACAAGGUCUCCAACUUAGCCUCCAUGACAUGGGUUCAUCGAAGAUGUUGCCCUAUCUCAACAUGUUCAUAUUCUCGAAUAUUGGUGGGGUCAUGGCUGACCACCUGAUUACCCGCAAAAUUCUGUCUGUGACUGCAACCAGGAAAUUCCUGAACACCAUAGGGUUCUUAGUUGCUUCUUUCGCAUUAGUGGCACUUCCCUUAUUCAGAACUGCUGGUGGAGCUGUCUUUUGUUCAUCUGUGGCUCUUGGGUUCUUGGCCCUUGGCAGAGCAGGGUUCGCAGUGAACCACAUGGAUAUUGCUCCCAAAUAUGCAGGAAUUGUUAUGGGAGUUUCCAAUACUGCUGGUACAUUAGCAGGCAUAAUUGGGGUCGAUCUUACCGGCCAGCUUCUUGAAGCCGCUAAAACCAAUUAUUCUGAUCUUUCAACCCCUGAAAGUUGGAAACAAGUUUUCUUGAUACCUGGUCUUCUUUGUACUUUCAGUUCAAUAGUGUUUUUGCUAUUCUCAACUGGGGAGAAGAUUUUUGACUGAGGUUAAUCUGGCUAUAUCUCUUAAAGAGCUAAUCAUUCGUGAAUUGUUGCUUUAUGUGAGCUGGGUGAAGCUUUUUACUGCAUGUCAUCUUGCUAUAGAUUCUAUUUAUGAAAGCCCACAUGAAUCUGCAGCGGGAACAUAGUGAGAGUUUCUAGUGUUUCUUGAUUUCCUUUUAAUGUUUCAAUUUGUAGAUCCGUGUAGCUGGGUCCAUGUGCUUAUUCCUUUCUAGUAGCUUUUCUCAAUAAUUCAAACGAUGUCACCUGGCAAUUUAGCCAGAGUUUUUCCA